AUGGAGUCGAUUUUCUUGUUAAUGACUAUCCUAUCGUCACUCUUUUUACCGAGCAUCCAAGACUCUACUACAAGCAAGACAUUUUCAAGUAGUAGUAAUUACAGGAGUACCACCACGACUACGUCGACGGACAAUAUUCAUGUUCAUAGUGGCCAUUCCGUGAUCCUCAAGAGCUACUCUCUGGGCGGGGACGGAGUCAUGUGUCAACAUAGAGCUAGACCAAACACUGUUCAACCUGGAAACAACAAUCUAGUAGGCGCUCCAGUGGCAGUGAACCUUACAGCUGUGAACUGUCAAGUGCAAUGUUACCCUAGGAUUGAUUUUCUGAUGCAAUCCUAUUCGCGCUUCAGCGUGACUGCCAACAUCUCAUUGAUACGUUUCGUCUUCCAGGAUUGGGGUCGGUUGAAAUUCAACCUGAACUUCAGGGUUAAUCCUUCCCGCUUUUGGUACAAAUCCCUUAGUGAGAACCAAAGGAAAGAGAACCCCUUGAUCGAGUACACUUGGGCUAGAUUGGGAUGCGAGACCAACAGAGUAGUGGUGCAGUGCGAGGCUAGCCCGUAUGAACAACCAGAAGGUGGAUCAUGCAUCUUUGGGAAAAGGCAUAUGACUGAUAGCUACUCUGUGGAACAAGGCGAAGCGUAUAUGAACCUUAGACAUAGUGGAGACACCCUACUCACGACUUCAAGCAUUUUGGAUCAUAUGCCAAUGGACAUUUUCUUUCAAAAUUUGUUUCGUGUUUACAUUGAUUGUGAAUCUACUGAUAGCGGCUGA